GCCUGGCUGUGCGCUCACGGGGAGGUCGGCGCCCCCAGCCCGGAAGCCUCCCUGCCCUGUCACCGCUUGGCCUCCCAGCAGAGCCAUCUCAGCUCCUUUUCCUAACAAAGGCCCCUAAGCGCUGGUGGUGCGGGGAGAGAGGGGGUUAUCUUGCUUGCUGAGCAAACAGAGAGGAGCUUAUAAAACGCCCCAGGCAGUGGGGACUGGGGACUGCGCUCUCUGCAGGCGGCCCUGGGGGAGCAGCUGAGCGUGGACAUGGGACCCCGUGGCGCGGGGCUCCUGGCGGCGCUGCUCGCGCUGGGGCUGAGCGCCCCGGCCGGGGCCCAGAAGCCCGACCCCUGCCAGUGUUCCCGCAUCAGCCCUGCCAACCGGGAGAACUGCGGCUUCCCUGGCAUCUCCAGCGACCAGUGCUUCACCAGGGGCUGCUGUUUCAACUCCGACGUCCCCGGGGUCCCCUGGUGCUUCGAGCCCCUCCCAAAGCAAGAGUUGGAGGAGUGCGUCAUGGAGGUCUCCGCCCGCAAGGACUGUGGCUUCCCGGGCAUCAGCCCCGAGAACUGCACGGCUCGGGAGUGCUGCUUCUCCGACGCCAUCCGGGAUGUGCCCUGGUGCUUCUUCCCGCUCUCCGUGGAAGACUGUCAUUAUUAAGAGGCAGUGGCUUCGGAAAAGCCCGCCUGGCUCCUUGCAGGCCCUGCAGCAGGAGGACGCGCACCGGCCCGCAGCUUCAGGCGUCAUGGCUCCUGAGCCCUUGGAUU